AUGAUAUUCUUUAGUAUAUCAAUAGACUACACCCUCAGAGCUGCCCCAAUUUCAAGCGCAACGGUGCGUAAGCAAGUGGUCAAUACACACGAGCGGCGCUCCGACAAAAUCUCGAUGUGA